UCUUCUCAUCUCAGUGACUGUGGGUUUUUCUCCUGAUAUUGAAACAUGAAGCUGUCAGGACUGUUGGUUGUGUUUGUACUCCUCUGUGCUGAUCGGAGAAGCUCCGCGAAGUCUCACCCCAAACCGUCCUGCCGUUACCCUCCAUCUCAGUGGUGUCGGUCCCUGGAGAUAGCAAUAGAGUGCAAGGUUCAGAAGCAGUGUAUGGAGGUGAAUGCUACCAGACCAAACUGGGCUGUUCCUCCAGUAUCUGUCAUUCUGUACUAUGAGAGUCUGUGUCCAGACUGCAGAGUCUUCAUCACCCAGCAGUUCUUCCCCACCUGGACCAUGCUGCAGGACAUCAUGACAGUCACUCUGGUACCCUACGGGAAUGCUAAGGAGCUUCCAUCAGCAAACUCUUCCUUCAUCUGUCAGCAUGGAGAACCUGAAUGCCGAGGAAACAUGAUUGAGGCCUGUAUCAUCCAUUUAACGGGACACUCAGCAUUUCAGAUCGUCUACUGCAUGGAGUCUGCUGCAGAUGUUCUCAGCGCAGCCCAGCCUUGUCUCCAGCUGUACGCUCCGUCUGUCUCCUGGAUGAGUGUUGACUCCUGUGUGAAAGGAGAUCUGGGAUACCAGCUGAUGCACACCAACGCUGUCAUGACCAGAGCUCUGAGCCCCGUCCACACACACGUCCCCUGGGUCACCUUCAACGGGGAAUACACAGAAGAGAAUGAGGACAAAGCGAUGUCGUCCCUUUUCCAUUUGGUCUGCCAACUCUACAAGGGGGUGAAGCCACCAGCCUGCACUGGAGCCCCGGUCAAACUGAGUAGAAGCGUCUGCUGAGCAACUUUAAACUGUGUGCUACCUGCAGGAAAACGGCAAAUAACAUGCAUGAAGUACCAAAUCAAACCCAUUCUAACAUAUUUAGCUUUUAGUAGUUAACAAUGUGGAUGUGAAAUCAGUGAAUUUUUAUGUGCCUCUUGUACUCUGAUGGGAUCAGAUAUGAAAUUGAAAUAAAUCCAUAUAGUUAUACACA